UAACAACAGCGGGUCCGGACUGUAGUUCGUGUAGUAGGUUAGUUGUAUCGGUCUGAUCGGUUGGGCGAGAAAUGGAAGAUGAUAAACAAAGUACCGUGUAUGAAAAUCUCAUUGAAGAUUUUAGGCCUAGGCUGCGAAGACUUAUACAGGUGGAUCAGGUCCUAGAUCACGUGCAUUUCAUUAAAGAAGACCAAAAGGAUAAGAUCCGUCAAAAGGCUAAGAACGAGAGUGAAUAUGCGGCUGCGAAUCUCCUCAUUGACGCAGUCAUCAAGAGGCCACACGAAGAGGGCAGGUUCGCUGCGUUUAUUGACGCAUUGAAACAAGCAGGUUGUCUGCUGGCAGCGGACUACGUUCAGGCCAAACUCCCAGAGCCAGAAGAGGAGGCCGAGAAUGACUGCUGCGUGCGACUUAUUCACUUACUGUCUCCCAGUCUUAUUGACAUGCAGACAGAUAUGGUGUGCCUACAUUGUCAGCAAAACGAACUACUCACCCAGGAAGACGCCGACAUUGUUAACACUGAAUCAAGAAACAGAGGAUCCAGGAACGGAGCUCGUGAACUUCUGAGAAGAAUCGUGAGAAAUCGACCAGGAUGGUUCUCUAAAUUUCUCGAUAUUCUGCGAGUAACUGAACACAAGGACCUUUACCAGCUGACUGGAGGGCCACCUGACAGUGACAUGCAAGAUGAGCCUUCAGGAAGUAGUUCUGCCUCAAAGGAGAGUACAGCAAGAGUUGAACGCUCUAGUAGUCCAGAAUCUAUGGACACCAGCAUGACCACGGAGGAAACCACAGACCUCUACAAUGGAGAAAACUCUGACUCCAAACAACUGCCAAACAGCUCUGAGCCCUCACAGCCAGAAGGAACUGACUCAGUAGCGGCAGCCGGAGGCUCAGAAAAAGCUGAUAUUGUUCUUCGAGAUUAUCAGAUGGAAGUAGCUAGACCUGCCCUGGAGGGGAAAAACAUCAUCAUAUGCCUCCCGACAGGAAGUGGUAAAACCAGAGUUGCAGUUUAUAUUACCAAAAAACAUCUGGACUGCAGGAGGACUGCAGGGCAAUCAGGAAAAGUGGUCAUCCUGGUGAACAAGAUUCCUCUUGUUGAGCAGCAUUAUUCCGCAGAGUUCCUUCCAUUUCUGAAGCAGACAUAUAAAGUGGAGAGAGUGAGCGGAGACUCCCAGCUCAAAAUCUCUUUCACAGAAAUUGUGAAGAACAAUGAUGUCAUCAUUUGUACAGCCCAGAUUCUGGAGAACUACUUGGAGAGGUCCAACAAAGGAGACGACGAAGGAGUGGACUUAAAAGAUCUGACACUGAUCGUAAUAGAUGAGUGUCACCACACUCAGAAGGGAGGAGUCUACAACCACAUAAUGAUGCGCUACCUGAAACAGAAGCAUAAGAACAACAGGCUGAGGAAGGAGCAGAAGACGCCUGUGCCUCUCCCUCAGAUCCUGGGCCUGACUGCGUCACCUGGGGUUGGAGGAGCCACAAAAAUGGAUAAAGCUGAGGAUCACAUUCUGCGUAUUUGUGCAAACUUGGAUGCUUCCAAAAUCAUGACAAGGAGCCUUGGAAAACACAAAAAGGAGAUAGACAAGAUAAUUGUAACAGUUGAAGACAGAAAAGAGGAUCCUUUUGGGGAUGUAAUCAAAAAAAUUAUGAAUGCCAUUCAUACCCAUGCUGAGCUGUUCCCCACUUGUGAACUUGGCUCUCAGACUUAUGACGGGUGGGUUGUUCAAAAAGAGCGAACAGCUGCAAAGGAGGAAGAUCAGAAAGUUCGGGUUUGUGCAGAGCACCUCAGACAGUACAGCGAGGGUCUGCAACUCAGCAACACCAUUCGCAUGUGUGAUGCCUUCAGUUGCCUGAACAAAUACCACGAGGAGGAGAAGAAGAGAAAAACAACCCCGGAUGAUGAGAUUGCCAUAAAAAUUACAGACACCGAGAGAUUCCUCGUCAAAUUGUUUGACGAGAACAAGGAAGAGCUGAAGAAGCUUGCAGAGAAUCCGGAGUAUGAAAAUGACAGCCUGUCAAAACUAAGAGCAAAAAUUCUGCAUGAGUUCAGCAGCAGGGAUCAAGCCAGAGGGAUCAUUUUCACCAAGACACGUCGCAGUGCCAUUGCUCUAAGUCAGUGGGUGCAGGAAAACCCCAAGUUUGCUGACAUUGGAGUGAAAGCUGCACAUGUCAUUGGAGGAGGAGACCAGAGUGUAGUUAAACCAAUGACAGCUGCAGAGCAGAAGGAUGUGUUGAGCAAAUUCGGCAGUGGCGACGUCAACUUGCUGAUUGCUACCACAGUGGCAGAGGAAGGUUUGGACAUACCAGCAUGCAACUUUGUUAUCCGAUAUGGCCUUGUGACCAAUGAGAUCGCUAUGAUUCAGGCUCAAGGCAGAGGAAGAGCUGAGGACAGCAGUUACACUGUGGUGGAGGUGAAGGGGACUGGGGUGGCUGAAAGGGAGUGUGUCAAUGAGUACCGCACAAAGAUGAUGCACAAAGCCAUUGACAAAAUCAGAGUUUUAAAUCAAGCAGACUAUGACAAAAAGAUCACAGAGUUUCAAAUUCAAGCUAUAAUGGAGGAGAAAGUCAGAAUGAUCAAGCAAAAACAAAAAGACAUGAAGAGUGAGAACCCGUCUGAACUGAGGUUCAGCUGUCGAGGCUGCAGCAAAUACGUCUGCAGUGGUGAAGACAUCCAGAUCAUUGAAAAUAUGCACAGAGUCAAUGUUUCACCACAGUUCAGUAAACUUUUCAUUCAAAGAGAAAACACUACUCUUCAAGAGCGACUUCUAGAUUAUGAGACCAACGGCUUCAUCGCAUGCAAGGAGUGUGGGCAGAGAUGGGGUUCAAUGAUGCUUUACCGCGGGAUAGAGUGCCCUUCCCUACAUGUGAAAAACUUUGUGGUGGCUACCAAUGCAAAGAAGAUUAGCAAAUGUACCAAGUGGAAUGAGCUUCCCGUCAAGUUUUCAGCUUUUGACUACGCUGAGCAUGCCAGCCGGAUGGCUGAGAGCUCAGAUGAUGAAGAAGAAACAGAAUGAAUUAACACUCAGUAGAACUACAGGCUAUUUUCUGUUAUAUUUUCAUCACAAUUUUGCAACUUGCAGAGUAUGAAUUCCUGUAGCCAUCACAAUGGCAAAUGCAGUAUAAAUGUCAGUAUAUCAUGACAACUGCUGUUUAUUGAUGUUUUACACCUCUGUCCAGAGAAUGAAUAUUUUCAUCAUUUUAUUGAUUACUUCAUAUGUGUAUCUAAUAUAUUACGUAAGAUGUAUUGGAUUGUCACAAUACAAAUUUGCACUUACUGCACUGGAGGUUGAUUGUUGGUGUAUCUAUUGCUAUAUAUGUUUAAAUUACUGUUGAAAUCUUCAACGGACAUGAAAAUUUAAGUCUGUAUGAUUGUUAGAUAAAUGAACGGCAAUGUGUGGAAGUGAAAC